GGCACCUGGUGUGACUCUUGGGGAUGGUCCCGUGCAGGGCCUGGAGUUGGAGUCAAUGAUCCUUGUGAGUCCCUUCCAAUUCAGCACAGUCUGUGAUGCUGUCGUUCUGUCAUAUUCUGGACAAAUUUUUCUUUAUAAUUCCUUUGCCCUGCUGUUGAGCUCCUCUUUUCCAUAACUGGUAAGCAAACUGAUCACACUGAGUUUCAGAAUACCAUUGAGUUCUCCCUGAAACCCUGUCCUUUAAUAAAACAUGCACUACUGCCAAUCUGUAACUAAAGCAAAGUGAUCGAUACAGUUUAUAUCAAAAUUCAGGGUUUUUGCUUCCCCGCUUCUGUGUGUUCUUUGGGAUUACAUCAGAAAGACCUGGGAUUUCUUUCCAAGGCACAGAGACUCUCUUAUCAAAAUGAUGGUCUUUGAAAGUUUCUGCAUUUUUUUUAUUAGAUAAUUCCUGCAUUUUCCCCCUUUCUCUGAUGGUCCAACCAGAUGAUCUCUCUUCUGAUUACACUAGUCAACCACAGCACAAAUUGUUCUGUGUCAGGCAAUAUUUUAGCUCAGUUACUAUAGUUCAAACAAUAGUUCUGAUUGGUUUAAACAGACCAAGCAUUGGGUAUCCUUGCCACAUCCUAAUAUAAAGAGUAUAAAACUGUAGACCUUGUUGAUGAAAAUGUUCAUGGAAUCAAUCCUAAAGUGAUACUGUAGGAAGUUCCUGGAAUUGUCAAACCCUGUUUCAAUACAUAAUUUAUUUUAAAAUAUAACUAAACCAAGAACUAAGAAGUAUUAUCAGUGUACAUUCAAUAAGUACAUGGUUUUGAAAACAAACCAAAAAAACCCCCAAACCACCCACAUGGCAUUUCACAGUUUAUUUAUUAUCUGUUUAAGACUGGGGACUCUGUUAAGAGUAUUAUUCUGUGUUAAUAUCCAGUAUGUAGGCACUCUAAGAAGGCCUUGCUAUUGCUAUGACUCCUUAUCCCUUGUUUGUCUUACCAAUAAGUUUAUCUCACAGUGAAGCCUUACAAAUUACCAAAUGAUUUGGUAUCUGGACAAAGGUUUGGUGAUGUAUUAUGGUGGAAUCUGCAACUAGUUAAAGGCUAAACCGUCUCAGAUUUGUUGUGAUUUAUGUAAAUAUGCUGCCAGAUUUUGUUAACGUAGCCCUUGAGAAUAAUUGGCAAAUAAUUUAUUUUCUUAAUGGGAGUUGUUUAACCAAUGGGGACACAGAUAAUCUUCUUAUACCCCCCCAGACCUCGUGUUACAUUUGAUGAGAUUUUAGAGAAGUCAUGUGUAAUACUUUCCUGUGGGUCGAGUCAGCUUAUGUUACAGUUGUACAAGGUCAGACCUUAAUUUAUCUAGCAACUGUGUAUUUAAUUUUAGAAGUAUCACAGGACACCUCAGCUUGCAGGGCACCAUUCCUGGCUGUUCAAAAUGCAAGCCCCAGAGGAACAGUGGGAAGAUAAUGGUUUGAAAAGGUGAGAAUAUGGUAUGCUCGCCAGUUAGAUUAACAGAGAAAUAGUUUAUAACUGUAAUAUUUAAUUCACUGAGUCCAAAUUUAGAUUGCUAUUAAUUAUUUUAUUGCUAUGAAUAACCUCUUUGCAUGCCUAAAGGCCUUCUAUUUAUAGAGUGAAGCUAAGGUUGUCUAGUUUAUUUUAAGGAUAAGAAAUUAGAAUAACAUUAACUCUCACAAAACUUCACAUGUUUAAAAGCAAUGAACACUUGAUACACUUCUUUCCAAGGAAGAAUGCAACUUCCAUGAUUAGCAAGUAGUUAAUAUUUUUUCCAAUGAAAAAAAAAGUAAUUUAGAGAGCAACAUCAAGAAGUAAUAUCUAGUUUUUCGGUCAUGAAUGUAAAAAAAAUGAGAAAAAUAUCAGGCAACUCAAAAUGUUGUUUAAGGAAAAUAUUCUUGGUAAUACAAAAAGUAAAACUCCUUUAGAGUAAGCAUUUGCAGUUGUUUCCAGUGAUCUAGUGUAUGGGUCUAGCAACUGAUAAACAGCCAAUGGAAGAAAAUUUUGCUGAUACUUAACCUUUUCAUUGCCAUGUAGCGUAGCAGGGAUGUCUCUGCUGCUGCUCAGUGUACCAGCCAUGCUGUUAUGUUCCCCUGUGAUCCAUGUAGAACAUCCACACUUCAGUCAGACCGUGUCACCUCAGCAGAGCUUAUUAUCAGCAGUGAUAUAGCAAAUCAGGCUCUCGAAGCGUGUAUAGACCCCUGACAGUGUGUCCAGCACUUGUGCUGUGCUGAGCUCUUUGACUUACUCUACCCUGUCACAGUCACUUGCUGCCUUACUGACUUUCUCAUUUUAUAGUAUGUUAAUGUUUGUGGGAUAAGAUAAUUUGAAAACAGUACACACAACUGUUCUGAAACACUGCUCAUCUGAGACCUUACUGGUUAAGUCUGUGUUCAAGAAGAUCUUUGUGUUGCCUGUGACAUAAUCAGUCAGGGGAGUAUAGCAAAGCCAGGAGAUAGCUGCCACAUGGGUAUGGAAAUUAUAUGACAUUAUAUGAAAAGUUUCUGUGAUGGCCUCUGAACUAAUUUAUUCCUCUUAUCUUUUGGAGAGAAAGGGGUGAUAGAAAGGCAAUACAUUUUUUCUGAAAAUAAAUGGAUUUUAUCACUAGACAACUAUAAUGCUCAGUGCUCUUAACUGUUCUUGGAAUCACGGAUGUUGGAGGGUACUGAUCAUCUCACAGGACUAAACCGUAUGUUAACAGUAUUAUAGGGAUACUGUAAUAUAGUAAACCAGACUUAUUUUCAGAGAGUUUGCAAUGUGAGGCUCUGAUCUAAGGCCUGUAUAAGUCUUCAGGAGCCUUUUUGCUUCAGGCUCUAGGGUAAAUAUAAUGUUACAAUUUUUUCUUAAUAAAUUAUCUUAUUAAUAAUAACCAUUAUCUUAUUAAUAAAUUAACUGUUCGUUUUCAUUAGGAGCACCUCUUAGCUGCCAGUGAAAUGUUAAUGAAUUCUAAAAUGUACUUUCCUUUUAGUUGAUGGGAGGCUGAGGUUGUAGGUAUGUUUAUUGAGAUAUACUUGUAAAACUGCUAGUCUAAGAGAGAUUUUAUCUUUGCUGUCUAAAGGGUUGGUGAGUCUUCAGAACAGUGCGUAUUUGUGGAUUAAAUGAUGGAAGCUUUCAAGUAUCAUCACAAUUAGAAAAGUGCUUAUGAAAAUGAGAGGAUAAAUACAUAAAAAAACCUUGACUCAGAAUUCUCCUGCCUGUCAAUAGAGCGCAUAGACCACGAGAGAUGAGGGAGAGCGGUAUGUAUGUCCACAUUGUGAUGGCCAGUUCAUCAGUCUAACUUACGUGUUAAAUCUUUUGGACUGUUGUGCUGCAGCCUUGAUUAGAGACAAAAUAGGAAGGAAAAGAGAACCUUUCAGAAAAGUAUUGUCUCUUAUGAAUAAUAUAAAUCUCUGUUUUUCUAAGUCCCAAAUGAAAAUGUUUCUGUGAACAUCCCUUUAUUCAUGGACUCCUUUUUUUUUUGUGUUCAGAGAUGACACUCAAGACCAAAGUUGUAUAUUUUUUCCUUCAGAGAAAAUGGGAUUUAAGUGCACGUUUUUUUCUACUUUCCUUCAGAUUUCCUUCCUUGCAGUUAAAAAUCAGACCAUGGUUCCAGUACAUAUUAAAAGAGGUGGGAAACCAUAUUAUGUGGGAAUCGGAAUCCAAGAGUUUCUGAGUCAAUCUGACUGGAUGAAAAGAAAGAUCUUUUUCUUCUGUGUGACUCCAUGUUUACCGCAUCACCAGGAGAGAUGCACUGGACAACGGAAUCAUCUGGCAUAGAGAGAAGCAGCUGAAAAAUUGUUCCUUCAAAUGCCUUCAGUGCAUGCUUCAUCCCAUUUGCUCUGCUGAUACCACUGUUAAAUGGAGGCACAAUGUGACAUUAUGGGAACAGUGCUCCCCACAGGUGCUGGCAGGCCGACCUCCUCCCCUCGGCUGCCUUUCCAACGAUCCCAACCGCCUGCAAACACCUUGGCGGGAUAACAGCAUGGUUCCACUAGAAAACCGUGAAAGCAAGAGGAAGUCUGCUGAACAAUGGCAAGGGUGUUUUACUUCCAGCCCCUGGGACAGCUCAGGAUUAAAUGGAUUUUCAUUGUUCUUUCCCUCCUGCAAUUUGGACACAACAUUGGUAAGAGAGCUCAGUAAAUAUGAAGACAUUGAUGAAGAUGAGCUCCUCGCUUCUCUCACUGAAGAGGAGCUGAAGGAGCUGGAGCGGGAGCUAGAGGACAUAGAGCCCGACCGUAACCUUCCAGUGGGGCAACGACAGAAAAGCCUGACAGAGAAAACACCGACAGGGACUUUCAGCAGGGAAGCACUGAUGGCCUAUUGGGAGAGGGAGACCAAGAAACUCUUAGAAAAAGAGAGGUUGGGUGCAUGCGACAAGGAUUCUGAGCAAGAAGAAGACAAUUCAGAAGAGCUGCAAGAAGAAUGUUUCACAGAAAGCAAUAGUGAAGUGUCUGAGGAGGCAUAUACUGAAGAGGAUGAUGAAGAAGAAGAUGAUGAGAAGGAAGAUGAAGAUGAGAGUGAUGAUGAGAAUGAGCAAGAGCAAAAUGCUGCAGGUGGUGAAAGACCUGAGAAUGGCAGGAGUUCUGACCACAUCAGACGCAAAAAGUGUAAUGGCGCAAAAGACAAUGAAAACUUACUCAAUGGCCAUGAUGGAAAAGACAACGAUAGUCAGAGCUUAAAAAGCAGUGCCAUUCACCCUUGUGGAAAUCCAACAGUUAUUGAGGAUGCUUUGGAAAAAGUUAGGAGCAAUGACCCUGACACCACAGAAGUCAAUCUGAACAACAUUGAAAACAUCACUUCACAGAUGCUUAUACAAUUUUCUCAAGCCCUGAGGGACAACACAGUGGUUAAGUCAUUCAGCUUGGCUAACACCCAUGCUGAUGACAACGUGGCAAUAGCUAUUGCUGGUAUGUUAAAGGUAAAUCAGCAUAUAACUAGUUUGAAUAUCGAGUCAAAUUUUAUCACAGGCAAAGGCGUGCUGGCCAUCAUGAGAGCUUUGCAGAAUAACAAAGUUCUAACAGAACUGCGGUUCCACAAUCAAAGGCACAUCAUGGGCAGCCAGGUGGAAAUGGACAUAGUUAAACUGUUGAAAGAGAACACCACUCUGGUCAAGCUGGGGUACCACUUUGACCUUGCUGGCCCAAGAAUGAGCAUGACAAGUAUCCUGACAAGAAAUAUGGAUAAACAAAGGCAAAAGCGUAUGCAGGAGCAGAGGCAACAAGAGUCAGGUUGUGAUGGAGCCAUCAAUCCAAAGACCAAAGUCUUGCAGAAGGGAACACCUCGAUCCUCACCUUAUGUGUCACCUAAGAGCUCACCAUGGUCUUCUCCAAAGCUCUCUAAGAAAGCACCUCCAGUGAAAAGUCAGCCUCCAGCUCCAGCUCCCGCACCUCCCCCUCCCCCACCACCCCCACCCCCACCUCCUCCUCCUCCAGUUAUUCCAGAGAAGAAGGCACCAACCAGGAAUAUAGCUGAAGUCAUCAAACAGCAAGAAAGUGCAAAAAAAGACUUACAUAAUGGACAGAAAAAGAAAAAAGGCAAAAAAAGCAGAAAACAUGAGAACAACAUAUUGAAAGAAAUUAAAGAUUCUCUAAAAUCCAUCUCAGACAGAAAAUCAGAGGAAGGUUCACGACCCUCCACCCGUCCAUCCACCCCACAAAGGUCUCUCCAUGACAACCUUAUGGAAGCAAUUCGGGCAAGCAGCAUAAAGCAAUUAAGGCGGGUGGAGGUACCAGAAGCCCUUCGGUGAAAGCCUGGAUGACAGAAGAAGCAGAACCCUGCAGUGACUGAGGGGAAGCUUCUUGUCCUUUCAUUGGCGGUAACAUAGACUGUCUAGCAAGCUGCUUCCAAAGUACACUCUUAGAUUCAAGCCAUUUCCCUUUUAUUUCAAAGAAAUAAAACUGCUAUAUACAAAAUAAUGCUUUAAGGAUCCAUUUACCUUGUAAUCUGUAAAUAUGGAAAUAAUUUUCUUUUUUAUUUAAUGAGAUUUCUAUUGAGAAAUUGCUUCUUAUUUAGAUAUUCUUGUCAAUAUCUGAUUGCACAUCACUUGGCAAGUUCUUCACACUGAGAUGUAAUAGUUUAACACUCUGUGGUUUCUUCUGUUUUUUCCAUGAAUUUACAAUAAAUAUGGUUUGAAGCUUUCAAGCAGA